UAUAAAAUAAAAUCUUAUAAAAUCAUCUCUGUUGAUGUCAGUCGCUGGUUUCCAUUCAGUCUACGGUCCUGGACCUGGACCCUCCCGCCACUGAUAAGAAGAUAACCUUUGAGCGGGCGGCGGCGAUCAGCUGACUUUAUGGUUUUGUUUUGAGCAAAAACCACAAAGCAAAGACUCAGACAGAGCUGGAUCAGUGCAGGUUUCAGGAGAUCUGGUAGAUUUUAAGAGCUCAGCAGGAUGAAGAGGGGGACCCAGGCCAGACUGACAGGUCUCCACAAUCCUGGACUAGAGCUGGAGAUGACAGGAAGCAACAACCUGAUCCACGUCUCGGGGAGUCCUCAGGUCUUGGUGUGUCCUCAGGGGUCCAGGUCUUCAGUGUCAGCGGCAGUGAAGGCUGGAGUCCGGUGGGCGUCAUACUCCUGCAGCCGCUGGAAGCAGAGAAGAAAAAAGCUGACAGGUGUUCAACUGGAGAUCAGAUACAGUGGUCUGGCUGAGGAUCAUGAAGAUGAUGAAGAUCAGCGAGACGAAACCGACACAACGAAUAAAAACCAACAUCUGAAUAAAAAACUGCUGAAUCACUUCAGGCAGCUGGCUGCAACCAACCACGACUCUGACCAGGUGGACCUUCAGUUUCUGGAUCAGGUGAUCUCAGACGGAGCUGAUCCCAACAGUUCAGACAGAUACGGACAGACCAUCCUGCAUGAGGUCUCCAGGGCAUGGAGUGUGGAUGUGAUGCGGUUCUUCUUGGACCGGGGCUCAGACCUCCACCGGCCAGAUCAGUUUGGUAUCACUGCGCUUCAUGUGGCCUCAGCUCUGGACUACCAGGACAUGGUUCAGUUCCUGCUGGACCAAAAAGCUGAUCCAGAGGCUCGGACUCUUCUGGACCAGCAAACCCCUCUUCACUACGCUGCCAAAAACGAAGCCAUCGGUUCCAUCAGACUGCUGCUGCAGAACGGAGCCUCCAUCAGCUGCACCGACUACAAACACAGAACGCCAUUGCAGCUCGCCGCCAACAUGGAGCGAAAUGAAGCAGCUCGGCUGUUGUUGGAACUUGGGGCAGAGGCAGGGAUGAAAGACUCUGACGGACAGCUCUGUAUAACCGCUCUGAUUGGUCGGAUGAGUCCAGUGGCGCUGCUGGCGCUCAACCAGUUCCAUGUGACUGACAGAAUGACCAGACAGCAGUACUACUACCUGAACCUGCUGGAACCAGAACCACACUCACCUAAGACCCCCCUGCAAGAAGCAGUCAUCAGUGAGCCAACGUCUCCACUGGAAGUGGUGGUGCAGCAGAACAAACUGGACCUCGUCAUGAAUCCAGUCUUUCUGAAACUAAUUCAGAUAAAAUGGAAACUGUACGGCAGGCUGGGGGCGUGGAUUCUCCUCAUCCUCAACUUUCUGUUCAAUAUCUCCUGGACGACCGUAGCCAUCUCUGUGUCCGUCCACCGAGACUCACCUGAUCGCUACGUCCUUCCCCAGGACUGGUGGCGUGUCCUCCUUGUGGUCCUGGCGCUCCUGUUGACUGUGGAGGAGGUGCUGAGGGAGGUUCAGGACAUCCUGCGUUCCAGGAGGAAACUCUGCCUCUGGCGGCAGUGGGCGGAGCGUCGUCUCCAUGAUGACCUGCGCUGCUCACAUCCCAUGUGGCCUCAGGACAGAGUGUAUCUGUUGGAUCAGAUCAAACCGAUCGACAGGAUGAGAGGAAGCUACAGCCGAGACAUCUGGAACAUGUUUGAUUGGCUCGUGUACUCUCUACUGACGGCAUCGUUCAGCGUCCACAUGGCCGACGUGUUCCGUCCCUCUGUCAGUCUUCACACCGCCAGUCUACGUCUGUUCUCCGUCACCAUCAUCUUCCUCUGGUUGCGACUGAUGAAGCACGUCAGAGCCUUCAGGUCAAUGGGUCCGUUCAUCGUCAUGUUGGGGAAGAUUGUCGGGGACGUGAUGUAUUUCCUGUUCCUGUACUGUGAGAUCUUCGUUCCGUACGCCUGCAGCUUCUGGAUCAUGUUCGGAGGGUCGUCGUCAGUUCCCAGCAUGCAGUCUGUCUCUGGGCUGCUGUUCAGUCUGUACAGGAUCACUCUGGUGGACGAGUACGAGUACGCUGCCAUGGCGGCAAAGGACGCUGUUAUGGCUCCUCUGUUGUGUGGGACAUUUCUGGCGGCGUCCUCCAUCCUGUGCGUCAACCUGCUGAUCGCCCUGCUCACUGACACCUUCCAGAGGGUCCACGAUAACUCGCAGGCUAACGCUGUGAUGCAACAGGCUGCCGUCAUCCUGCAGGUGGAGGAGUCUAUGCCCCUCCUCCGCCGUUUCUAUGACGACCAGUACAUCUCCACCCACUGCACGCCGCUGGCUGACGCCUAUGAUGAUGACAUCACAACAAAUCCCCGUUACCAUGAUGAGAUGAGCCGCAUCACCACGCAGAUAAAAGAGACUGUUGAUCAGUUCUUGGUCCUGCAGAGAGACGUAGAGACUGUAAGAGGUUCUGGAAUGCAGACUGACCACAACCUGCAGACCCAGGAGCUCCAGGACCACAACCUGCAGACCCAGGAGCUCCAGGACCACAACCUGCAGACCCAGGAGCUCCAGGACCACAACCAGCAGACCCAGGAGCUCCAGGACCACAACAUGCAGACCCAGGAGCUCCAGGACCACAACCUGCAGACCCAGGAGCUCCAGACUAUCCGAGCAGAGCUAAAACAGCUCCGAACUCUGGUUCAGCAGCUGAUUGGAACCAGGACUGAUUGACUACUUACUAUUAUUACUAUAUUCACUGCUCAUUGUCCCCUAUCGUUCUCGUUGUCGUCGCCAUCAUCUUCUUUAUGUUCAUCAUCAUCAUCAUCAUCAAUCACUACUAUUAGUGUAGUUGUUGCUACUGUUGUUGUUGUGAACCUUUGUGUUUGUCUCUGUCCUUCUGUUGUUACAUCUGUUAUCUCUCUCUGUCUCACCCCAACUGGUCGAGGCAGACGACCACCCACCUAGAGUCAGGGUCUGUCCGAGGUUUCUGCCUUUUAACAGGCAGUUUUUCCUUGCCCUUGUCGCCAAGGUCUUGCUCAUGGUGGGAACUGUUGGAUCUCUGUAAAUAGGGUUUUAAAGAGUUCGGUCUAGACCUGCUCUAUUUGAAAAGUGUCCUGAGAUAACUUCAAUUCAAUUCAAUUCAAUUCAAUUUUAUUUGUAUAGCGCCAAUUCAUAACAGAAGUUAUCUCAGGACACUUUUCAAAUAGAGCAGGUCUAGACCGAACUCUUUAACAUUAAUUACAGAGACCCAACAGUACCACCAUGAGCAAGACCUUGGCGACAAGGGCAAGGAAAAACUGCCUGUUAAAAAGGCAGAAACCUAGGACAGAUCCUCCGGCUCUAGGUGGGUGGUCGUCUGUCUCGACCAGUUGGGGUGAGAGAGAGAGAGAGAGAGAGAGAGAGAGAGAGAGAGAGAGAGAGAGAGAGAGAGCGACAGACAGACAGGUGCACAGCAACAACAGUAUUGGCAAUGGCAGUCAAGCAGGACCAUGGCAGGAGGCUCCACCAGGAUCCAUGAGAACCUGCGAGACGAGAAAGCACAAGAACUCCGGGGAAGAAGUGGAGUUAGUAACAUGCAUUAAAGGGACAUGAAUGAGUGCAGAAAGAGAGAGGAAGAGAGUAGCUCAGUGCACCAUGGGAAAUCCCCCGAUAGUCUAGGCCUAUAGCAGCAUAACUAAGGGAUGGUUCAGGACUCACCUGAUCCAGCCCUAACUAUAAGCUUUAUCAAAGAGGAAUGUCUUAAGCCUACUCUUGAACGUGGUGAGGGUGUCUGCCUCCCGAACCACAACUGGAAGCUGGUUCCACAGGAGAGGAGCUUGGUAACUGAAGGCUCUGGCUCCUGUUCUACUUUUAGAGACUAUAGGAACCACAAGUAGCCCAGCAUUCAGAGAACGUAGUGUUCUAGUGGGGUAAUAGGGUACUAUGAGCUCUUUAAGAUAUGAAGGGGCCUGACCAUGAAGAGCUUUAUAGGUGAGGAGGAGUAUUUUAAAUUCAAUUCUACAUUUUAUAGGGAGCCAAUGCAGAGUAGCUAGUACAGGAGAGAUGUGAUCUCUUUACUUAUAACUUCUGUUAUGAAUUAGCAUUAUACAAAUAAAACUAUCUUUAGACAGUGAGUCUCUGAGGUUUUGGGGUACAAGAACUUUUCUGAGUUUAACAUCAGAACAUUGCAGCUCAUCCAGGUUUUUAUUUCCUUAAGACAUGUUUGUAAUUUAGAUAACUGAUUAAUUAAAUUAAUAUAGUAAUGUAUAUUGGAUGGGUCAAAUGCAGAGGACAAAUUUCAUUUCAUGUAUUUAAAUGUUGUAUAUACUGUGAAAAUGACAAUAAAGACUGAUAUAUUAUGAUA